CCCUCGCAACGCCUGAAUGCGGUGGGGGAUGGUAGUGUCUGUUCGCUUGGCACCUCAAGACUACUCAUGGCGACUACAAUUGCCAUGAGCUUUUGUUGAUCGGGUUGGCCUGUCUCUGAUUCGGCUGUCAUGAAUCUGAGAGCUAAACCACAAUUAAAUAACCAAGAUGCGGCGAUACGUUCGUGUUCUAGCGUUAUGCAUAGUGUUUGCGAUUGUCUCCGUGCUGUAUGUGUUCAGCAAUCUUUCCUCUUUGGGGACCUCCGUAGCCGUUGUUGGGGGUCUUGCUUUCUCACGACCCUCUUCACUACAAAGUGACGUCGGGAAGAUAGCUAGGCGAUGGCCGGAGACAAGGGGCCCGGUGGACCUGCAGGAUUACAGGCAAGGUGCUGGUGGGGACACUGGCUCCCCCUCUACUCCCCCUACCCGUCCUCCUCCUCCUCCAUCUCCUCCUGAGAGGAGGCGCAGGCGUGAGGAGGAGCCCAUGCAUCUGGCGGUGGUGGCGUGCGGAGACCGGCAGGAGGAGACGCUGACGAUGCUCAAGUCUGUCGUGCUGCUCAGCGCAGGGCCCAUGAGCUUCCACGUCUUUGCCGAGGAGCAGCUGCACCAGGGCUUCAGAGAUGAGCUGGACUCCUGGCCCAGUCUCCACCGGUCCAAGUUUAACUACACCAUCUACCCCAUCAGCUUCCCUGGAAAGCAUCAGGAAGAGUGGAAGAAACUGUUCAAGCCCUGUGCCUCGCAGAGGCUCUUCCUGCCGAUCCUCCUGAAGGACGUGGACUCGUUGCUGUACGUGGAUACGGACAUCCUGUUCCUGCGUCCGCUGGAGGACGCGUGGGCGCUGCUGUCCCGCUUCAAUGCCACGCAGCUGGCGGCCGCGUCCCCCGAGCACGAGGAGCCGCGCAUCGCCUGGUACAACCGAUUCGCCCGACACCCCUACUACGGCACCACUGGGGUCAACUCCGGGGUCAUGCUCAUGAACCUCACCAGGAUCCGAGCUGCCCUCUUCAAGAAUGACAUGACGUCCGUGGGCCUGCACUGGGGAGAGCUCCUGUUGCCGCUGUUCCACAAGUACAAACUCAACAUCACAUGGGGAGACCAAGACCUCAUCAACAUCAUCUUCCACCACAACCCUGAAAACUUGUACGUCUUCCCAUGCCAUUGGAACUUCCGGCCAGACCACUGUAUCUAUGGCAGCAAUUGUGAUGCUGCCAAACAAGAGGGCGUGUUCAUUCUCCAUGGCAACCGAGGAGUGUUCCACGACCCCCGGCAACCGGCGUUUAGAGCUAUCUACGAUGCUAUCAGAAAGCACCCUUUGGAGCAGGAUCUGGUGAGCUCACUCCUGCUUCCCUUAGAGAUCAAACUGAACCAAACCACUCACACGUACUGUGGGAAGGUCCACCACUUGUUCACACAGAACUUUGGGCCAACCUUAAUAGACCUCCAAAGAUCCAGAGACCAAGAUGGAUGACCUGAGGAGGAAGACGAGGAGAAGGAGGAAGGAGAUGAUUGUUGAUCCAUCUGUUCACCCCUAUCACAUCCAUGUCCUCCACCGUGAGAGACAUGACGUGGUGGAAGGUCAGUGUUCGCGAGUAAGGCAGUGUCUUUGUUUUGAGAAGAUCUGAACGGGUAUGUACUGUACGUGCACUGACAGACACAUGCAAACACACAGACGGCCACUAAUACGUAAAGAUCUGAACAAAUACUGAGAAUAGUGAGGAUGGGACUAGUCUUCUAACUGGUCUUUCAUUCAGGUGUGAUAUGAAUGAAUGUUGACGUAACAUGGACUGGUCUAUCUUAGACAUACACUUCAUGUAUUAGUUUGUUGGACUGGUCUAACACAAUUAGUUUGUUGGACUGGUCAAUAUGUAUAUGUAUGUU